GUGGACCAAUCAAUCACCGUCAUUUACUAGACGGUUUCUAUUUGUAUCUCGGAGGACAAUCCUUUUCAUUAUUAGACGUAAUUAAUUUACUGACUAAAUUCCAAUACGAAAUAAUAAAACAUCUGGUGUAAAAACAAACAAACUGCGAUUUGAAUGCACCUUGAUGGAGGACGUCGCUUGGAAGAAUGUGCAUUAAGUUACACAUUAGCUAGCCUAGCAACAACCAAAUGGAUUACAAAAUACUUUUGUACAUGCAUGAAGAUAUAUUAAGUAUACUGUAGCUGAUUUGGCUUGUCCUAACGGUGUAAGGAACAGAGUUACAUAAUGUCCCAGCAUGCUCUGCUCUCUGCGGGUUGUAAGGCAUGGCGGUCACUGUCAUGUCCCCGGUCAGAACUUCGGCUGGAUCUCACUCUGGGAUGUGGUCAGACUUUCCGAUGGCGUGAGACUGGAGAUGGUCAUUGGACGGGAGUAAUGCGAGGAAAAGUGUGGACACUAACUCAAACAGAGGAUACGUUGUGGUACUAUGUUUACAGUCAUCAAAUAAAUCCAGGAACAGAAAACAAACAGAAAUGGAAGGUGGAAGAGGAGGAGCAGUUAUUGGAGACGAUGUCAAAAAGAAAGAUUGACAUGAAGCAGGACGAAGCGGGAUUUUGCACAGUGAUGUCAGAGCCUGACAACAAAGAGGAGGAACUUCUGAGGGACUAUUUCCAGUUGGGUGUUAAAUUAGGGGAUCUCUACAGGGACUGGAGCACUGUGGAUCCACACUUCAAACAUACAGCAGACAUCUUCAAAGGAGUGUGUUUGUUGCGUCAGGACCCUGUGGAGUGUCUUUUCUCAUUCAUCUGUAGCUCUAAUAAUCACAUCUCGCGGAUUCAGGGCAUGGUCGACAGACUGUGUCAGACACUCGGGGCUCUUCUCUUCAAGAUUGAUGGCGUGGCCUAUCAUGAUUUCCCCCCUCUGCAAGCUCUUACAGAUCCUAGUGUGGAGAUGCAUUUGCGUGAUUUGGGUUUUGGCUAUCGGGCUCGUUUCCUGCAGCAGAGCUCACAAAUCAUAGUGAACUCUCAUGACCCUGACUGGCUCCUGUCACUCCGUAGCGCACCCUACCUGCAGGCCAGAGAUUCACUGAGAGCUCUUCCAGGAGUUGGUCUCAAAGUGGCUGACUGUGUAUGUCUGAUGUCACUGGAUAAGUUUGAGGCUCUUCCUGUGGACACCCAUGUGUGGCAAAUUGCCAAACGUGACUACUGCUUUGCAGGCGGGAGCAGCCAGAAGACUUUGACUGAUAGAGUCUACAAAGAGAUUGGUGACUUCUUUAGAAAACUCUGGGGUCCCUAUGCAGGCUGGGCACACUCUGUACUUUUUUGUGCUGAUCUAAAGAAGUUUCAGAAGCUGAAAGAAGAGAUACCUGCACUGAAAGAUGAGAAAACAGAGCUUAAGAAAAAGAUGAAGGAGAGAAGACCUGACAGAUGUGAGGAAAAACAGAAAAGAAAAAAAGGCAAAAAGCAGCAGAGGACAUAAGGUCAAAAUGACAUUGUGGACACAUACUGUAUUCAGGCUACAGAAAGUCUGCUUCCAUUGUGAUCUUUUUCAAUAAAUGUAGAUUAAUACAUUUUAAACCUCUACAAAAUCUGACAGCUCAAUUUUAUUGGUAAGAGAAAGGACCAUAUUUUUAAGGAAGGACCAUAUUUUACACUUAAAGGGAUACUCCAUCCCAAAAUGAAGAUUUUGUCAUUGUUCAUUUACCCCCAUGUUGUUCCAAACCUGUAAAAGCUUUGUUCGUCUUUUUGGAUAAUUUGGAUAAAAACCUUGCCCCUAGACUGGCAAAUAAAUAACAAGUGUCAAGGUUCAGGAAAGUAUGAAAAGCAUCAUCAAAGUCCAUCUGCCAUCAGUGAUUCAACCGUAACAUUGUGAAGCAAUGAGAAUACUUUUUGUACACAAAGAAGACAAAAAUAACGACUUUAUUCAUCAAUUCCUGUCCUCUGUGUCUCUCCAAAUCAGCCUAGCACCAUUUUGGCAAAUCUGAGCUGUACGCAGAUGCCGUACGCUCUUCAGGGGCGUCGGACUGGGGGUAAAACCAGUACUUAUUACCAGGGCCCCAAAGGAAGAGAGGGCCCUUGAAAGGUCUGAAAUAUAUUUUAUUUUACCUGGAUAUUUCCAUCAGGACUGCCUAUGCAUAGGGCCUGUGAUCUUGUGCAGCGCCCCUCUCACAAUGAUACGUUUUUUACAUGUAUUUACACUUUGGUUUGAAAGCAAAUGUGCAGUGUGAAGCGUUCGCCAUCUGCGUACAGUUCAGAUUUGCCAAAAUGGCGCUACACUAAUUUGGAGACUAAUUACAUUUUUUGGGGGGGUUUAGAAUGACAUGGUAGUAAGUGAAUAAUGAGAAAAUGUUUUGGAUGGAGUAACCCUGUUAUUGUAUAAUAAAUGUGCUGUUAAACACACUGAAUGUUUUUUGUUUGUGGCAAAGGAUGAAUUACUUCUAUAUUAUGUAAUAUAUAUAUAUAUAUAUAUAUUUUUUUUUUUGGUAAAUGUGGUGAAAUGGUAGAGUAUUAUAACAUAGGGCUGCACCAUAAAUCGAAAAUGGAAUCGAAAUCACGAUUAGACAGAAGCUGGGAUUGUGAUGCAUAUCAGUGAAGCAUGGUUCUGUGAUCAGCAGUAAAUCUUCAUACAAAGGCUCCUUGCAGAAGAAACCCAGGAAAUGCCUAUAGCGGUAGCUGGAUAAAUAGAAGAUUUAACUGUUUUUAUUGAUUCAGCAUGACUGAUAAACAUGAUUAUGACAAUAUAUGGUUUAUCUGAGUUAUUAUAUUUUUAAUUAAAGUAUGUUUAUAAUGCAAUGCCUUUAUCACUGCUUAGAAUACUAUGAAAUAUGUUGCGACUGACGUUAUGAAGUGAGUUAGGAGUAAAAACAUGUUAUUAAAUGUGGUAUUUUCACAUGCUUUCAGGUGGUACAGCAUUUAAGGCUGAUUUAUUCUUCUGUGUCGGAUAUACACCAUAGCCUCUAUGCUGUAGGCUGUGCGUUGGUUUUCAUUUAUUCUUCUGCAUCGUUGUCCGCAUGAGACGACAAUGGAAAAGAAGAUGGCAUCCUUUCAAUCUCCACAAGGACUUGUAACGUACCAUGGCAGUACAACUGUUUGUUUUGUGAUAUGAGCUAAUCGAUCGUUAGAUUAAAUCACCGUUGGUAGCGUGAUUUAUUGACAUUUUUAUUUGGGUCAUAUAUUCAAAGACGUAGGCUACAAUCUGUGAUCACGAAGUACAGUGAAUAAUUACUGUACUCCGGUGCGGUGACUGACAGCUACACAUUCACCUCAAAACAGAUUAAUCCACGCUGGAUCACAACCCACGCAUGGAGUAUAAUUCUGAAAGGAACUGCAAUUCCAGGUUUUCAAACAUAGAUGGCGAAAAAGAGGCAGAAUUUACAGACUGCUGCUGUAAAAUAGAAGGUGUAACAUUUAAAUAUAUUAAAGUGCAAAAAACACACAAAACUCAAAUACAUAUGGAGGGAGGAGUUUGGAGACUGAAGUAUAAAUCAGCCUUAAUUACACAGAGCCGUAGUUCACUGAGAAGCAACGCAAACAGCUUUCAUUAUCGCUAACGAUUUCUUAGUUUUCUAAAUUGUGCAAUAAUAUUGCUUGCCAUUGUUUUGCGUAACUUAUCAGUGAACUAUAGCUCUGUGUAAUAAAUGCUGCUCCAUCUGAAAGCACGGGGUGAUGAUUUACUGAUGAUUACAGAACCGACUUUACUAAAUGCAAAUGACAAUCGCAUUUAAUUAAUCACGCAGCCCUAUAAUAUAGAUAUAUUUUUUUAAAUCACCUUUUCUCAAAGUUCAGCACUGAUUUGAACUUGAGUUUGAAGAAGCAUAGUUUUCAGAUUUGGUUUCUACAUGAAUCACCCAAAUGACCUUUUUUGAAUUUAAAAUGGUGAUCUUCGGUGAAAUGUAUAGAUCUUGGUUAAUAAUCUCCAUUUUCUGUCAUGGAUUCGGUUUUCCUUCUCUCCUCUCAUUUUGUUCAUGUGACCGUUUUAUGUAUAGUAUGUGCCUGAUUAGUAUCUAUUUCUAUAGGCCACUAUAAGUAAAGCAUCCACCUUAUUGGAAUGGUCAAAGCAAGUCCAUGAACACUCAAGUUAUGUUAGCUAACGCCUUGAAAUAAUGUUUUUAUUUUUAUUUUUUUAGCAAAAUCAUCUGCUGUAGCUAACUUUAGAUAUUCAUAUAUGCGUAUAACAAUGGUUGCAGAUGCACAGUUGAUUUGCUCUUGAGUAUUCACAGACUUGUUUUGACCAUUUUUAAACAGAAUUUGAAUUUAGGUGCCUUAAGUGUCCACAAUUUUAUUUUAUUGUGUAUGUCCUUGAUUUCUACAGUAUUUAGAGAUAAUUUGACUUUGAAUGAGACUCAUGAUAUGGACUGUCAGUGACACUGUUUUUUUUUUUACAUCAACGCAGACAUAUGAUGUUUGAAGGUAGGAGCCAAACAGUCUUUCAGUCCUGAAAAUGUCUUUGUUUGAUAUCUGGUCCUCUGAUAAAACAUUUCUAUUAUGCAACUUAUUUUGACAUUGCUUGGCAUGCUGUAAGCCCCUCAGAGCAAGAACAGUGCAUGGGUCACAAUUACAUAAGCCACUGACUCAAUCCAGUCUUUCCUUUUUUAGUGUCACAGUGUUUGUGUCUCUGGGCGAGUGAUCGUGCAUUAAUGCAUGGAUUUUUUUUUAACUAGGAAAUAAAAGGUAUUCAUGGUAAUUGAAGUGUAGUUCCUCUUUGUAUAUCAUAUAGAAUCAGAUGUACUUGCCAAAUUAUUAAAGGAAACAUUUUUUUUAUUUAACACGUUUAAGAUUUUAAAUCAAUAAAUGUCAGUUUGUGGCUGAUGGUUAUUCUGGUGUCAAAAAUUUGUAGUCUUUGUUUUCAGUUAUAUUACUCUCAUGUUUACCUCACAUUAUUGAAUAAAGCAUUGUCUGUCCAUAUAAGAUGCCCCCUUCUA